UUGGACGGGCACGUGGUGGUCACCGAUGGCGGGGACCGCGCCGUGAAGGCCUUUGAUUUUGAGGGAAGGGGGGUCCUGGCUGUUCGGGAAGGUUUCUCUUUGCCCUGGGGCGUGGAUGCCACCUCCGAGAGUGAAGUAAUCCUGACGGACUCGGAGGCAGGUGCUCUCUACCGGUUGACAGCUGACUUCAAGAAGGGGAAAUUAAAGAAGUGUCAGAUGAUCCGGUCGCAGCUCAUCAGCCCGAGAGGGGUUGCUGUCUCGCAGAUCUCGGGUGCUGUCGUGGUCAUAGAGCACCUGAAAGCUCGCAGACCAAACGGCGGCAGCACCCAAGUGAAGAUAUUCAGUGCAGAGAUGGAUCUGAUCGGCCAGAUGGAUAGCUUCGGUCUGAACCUCGUUUUCCCAUCCAAAAUAUACACCACAGCUGUGGCCUUUGACAAAGAGGAUCGCAUUAUAGUAACCGAUGUCUGUAGCCAGGCUGUAGUAUGCUUAGGGAAACCUGAGGAGUUUCCCAUCUUUAACCCUCUAAUAACCCGUGGGCUUUCUUAUCCUGUAGGGCUGGCUUACACGGCAAAUAAUUCCCUCGUCGUUUUAGACAGCGGAGAUCAUUCACUAAAAAUAUAUAGCUCCACCUGA